UGCCUGAUGUCAAUUUGUGGAUUGUUUGAUCCUAAAACAAAGCCUGUUCUACACUACCCUGUAUCUUUAAAUGGUAUAGAAUGCCCUGUGACACUGUCUGUUCACAGAGUGGUAAAAUCUACCAUUCCUGCAUCACCAAUUAUAUCUUAUACUGGAAUUGUUUAUUAUGAGAGAAAAGAAGAUGAUUAUUUGGUGUCAUUUAUAGCUGCAAGGAAUUUGAAAAGUCUUGUUAAUUAUAUUGAAGAACAACAUCCAUUAGCUAACAUUGUUAAACUUGUAAAUUUUGAUUUUAAUUCAAAUCUUGGUUAUAUCAAGCUUAACUUUAAUGCUACUACUCAAGAUAAAUCAUUGACUCAGUGGACUACUGAACCUCAAUCAGGCAAAUUGUUUCAAAUGGAUGUUGAUAAUUUUGAUGAUGCCUUAGAUUAUCCUCAAUCUUGCCUGAUAUCAUUUUAUGGAACACCUGAUGCUGCACAGUCUUUACAGUACUAUUUAUCACUUGAGGGUGUGGCUGAUGGUGACAAUUUUGUGUUUACACUAAACCCCCCGUUAUCAGGUGAAGUUUUGUACAUUGGAUUGGUAUAUUAUGAAUGGAAAUUAACAGAAUACUUGAUGACAUUUAUUGCAGGGAAAAAAGGGACCAAACUAAUUCAAUAUGUUGAAGAGUAUCAUCCGCUAGCAGAGAUUGAUCAAAUUUUUACUUUUUCUUUCAGUUCACCUCAUGGUUUUAUUGAGCUUAUAUUUGAUAGUUCAUAUGAUGAUUCUUGUGAAGGAUGGACUGUACAACCAUUUGUUAAACCAUGUAGAUUAUAUCAAGAUGAUAUUGACAGAUUUGAUGACUUCAAUUAUCCUUUUCCUCCAUUUUGCCUUACAUCAGUCCAUGGAUCAUUUGAUGCUGUUCCUAAACUACGUUACUCUAUACCACUGAAAGGUGUGGUUGGCACAAUGGCGAUAUUUAUUGACCUAAAACUUCGGCUGGAAAAAGAUAUAGCUAAACUCAUUAAUGAAUUACACAGUCUUGAAGCUACUUUUAAAGAAGAGAUGAAUAAAAAAGAUGGAGAGAUUGCUGCAUCAAAAAAGAAAUUGUAUGACUCACUUCAGAAACAGUCAAUAAUAGCAAAAGAUGAUGUAUCUAAAUUAGAAAUUGUCCUUCAGCCUAUGGAAGAUCUUUGGUUUCAGUUAGGACAUCAGUUAAAUGUGGAGGUAUCUUUAUUAAGUGACAUACAAGAAACAAAAGAUACAAAGGAACAGAUGAGAUCAUUAUUGCAACUUUGUUCUGACAAAGGAGUGACAAUGAUGCAGUUGGAAGGAGCUCUAGAAGCAAUGGAUCAAAAAAGCUUAAUACCUGUUCUGCAGGAAUUUUCAAAGGAACUUGAAGCAUCAUUGUCUACUGAUGGCAACAAAAGACUCUUAGAGCUUGAACUUGAAGAAACUAAAGCUGCUCUUGAUACAUGUAAGUCCAAACAACAGGAGCAAGAGGCUGUUGAAGGUGAUUUGUCAUAA